AUGAGCAGCUUGUGUUUAUCUAGACUGCAGCAAGAGCGUAAGAACUGGCGCAAGGAUCAUCCGUUUGGGUUCUCUGCCAAGCCGGUCAAGGACGAGAAGGGUGGGCUCAACCUCCAAGUGUGGCAAGCCCGCAUUCCCGGCAAAAAGGGCACCCAGUGGGAAGGAGGUGUGUACCCGGUGGUCUUGGAGUUCCCUCAAGAGUACCCCACUCGGCCCCCCAAGUGCAAGUUUGACCAGGGAUUCUACCACCCCAAUGUUUAUCCCUCAGGCACGGUCUGUCUGUCUCUGCUCAACGAAUCACAGGAUUGGCGUCCAGCAAUUACGGUUCGUCAGAUUGUGCUGGGCAUUCAGGCUCUUUUGGACGAGCCCAAUAUCCAUUCCCCGGCUCAGACCACUGCAUACAACCAUUACAAAAGCCAUCCUGAUGCGUAUAAACGGAUGGUAGCUGAGCAGGUUAAAAAGUACGCCGAUUACUAG